AUGAAUGAAUGCAGUUCAACUUUCUGGACUGAUUCCACAGCCGUACUUCAAAGUAUAAGAAAUUCGAAGAAACGAUUCUCCACAUUUGUUGCUAAUCGUUUAGCAAAAAUUGAUAGAAAUACUGAUGUAUCACAGUGGCGCCAUGUUCCAACGAAGAUGAAUCCAGCUGAUGAUGCUUCGCGUGGUCUUAGAGUUGAUGCAUAUUUAAAGUCAGGACGAUGGAUCAAUGGGCCCGAGUUUUUGCGUCUUUCUGAAGACAAGUGGCCAAAGAUGCCGGACUGUUUUCCUGAUCCACCGUCUGAAUUUUGUCCAAAGCCAGUUCCAGAAAUAAAGUCGGCAUUUGUAAUAAAGGAAGAGUCUUCUGUCAUGGACAGGUUCAUAGGAUUCUUUUCUACCAAGUCAAUAGACAAGCUUACUGAACUGCCAGCAAGACUGACUGUGCAGGAACUGAGCUAUGCUGAAAGAGUUAUUAUUGAAUAUGUUCAAAGACAAAGCUUUCGUGAAGAAAUGAAAUGUAUAUUAAAUGGUAAAUUUAUCAGUAAAGGUGAUUGCUCUCGCCGGAUGUUGAAACUUAAUCCUGUUCUAGAAGAUGGUUUGAUGAAAGUAGGAGGACGCUUGGAAAAUGCACCAAUUAUGCAUUCAUCAAAGCAUCCCAUCAUAUUGCCUCAUAAAUCACAUCUUACGGAUCUAGUCAUCAGGGAUCAUCACAACAAAGUUGGUCAUUCAGGUAUGGGUCAUACAUGGACCUCAUUAAGAGAAAAGUACUGGAUUAUCAAAGGUGGAGUUGCAGUAAGAAGGGUCAUCGGAAAUUGUGUUUCUUGUCGAAAGCGAAAUGCCCGCCCUGGAAAACAAUUUAUGGCAGAUCUACCUUCCUGUCGACUGAAAUCGGAUGAACCAGUGUUCAGUCAUGUUGGUGUUGAUCUAUUUGGACAUUUUCUUGUUCGACAGGGAAGGAGUGAUGUGAAAAGAUGGGGUUGUGUGUUCUCGUGUAUGACAACUCGUGCUGUUCACAUCGAGGUGGUAAAUAGUUUGUCUGCUGAUUCUUUCAUAUGUGCACUCCGACGAUUUAUUGCUCGAAGGGGUCAUUGUACUCAUAUAUAUUCGGACAAUGCUGGUAAUUUUGUAUUGGCAGAGAAAAUACUUGAAAAUUCCUUGAAGAUAUGGAAUGAUUCUCAAAUUCAUGGAUACUUACGUCAAAAGGGGAUAACAUGGCAUAAAUCACCGCCUACAGGUUCAAAUCAUGGAGGUGCAUGGGAACGAAUGAUUCGGUCAAUUCGUCGAAUUUUCAAUGCUGUUACUCAGGGUCAAACUAUGACAGAUGAAGUUUUUAGGACCGCCUUGAUCGAGUGUGAAUCAUGCUUGAACAGUCGUCCAAUAAUUCCUGUAACAUUUGACCCACGGGAUGAAGAGCCUUUAACGCCGAAUCACUUGUUAUUACUUCGGUCAAAUCAAAAUGCCUCCUGGAGUUUUUGA